AUGGCACUUCACGAUCCCGAGCUCGCGUCGCCCAUCGAGGCGCGCGACGCUGCCGAAGUCGUCGACCAGCUCCCCCACUACAACCACGAGAGCAAGUCCCAGGACGCCCUCGGAGAGAAGCUGGCCCAGGAAUCGACGACUACGCAGUCCGUCGACGUCGACGAGCUAGACGGCGCACUCCACGACGGAAAGGGGAACGAGAAGGUCCUCGAGACGGCGGCGGAUUUCUCCAGGGCCCUCGUCAGCAGCGAAGAUGACCCCAACCUUCCGAUCCAUACAUUCCGCAUGUGGUUUACUGGUGUAGGCCUCGCGGUCUUUGGCGCUGUCCUUGGCAUGCUCUUCCCCGUAGCAAUUUCGCCCGCAAGUCAUGACGUAUCCGCUCUGUUCCUGCAACUCCUCGCGUACAUGCUGGGGCGUCUGUUCGAGCUUGUCAUCCCCGGUCCUGGCACGCGUUUCCACAAGGGCAACUGGUUCUGGAACUUUAUGAACCCAGGUCCAUUCAACUUGAAAGAGCACGUUGCAGCGCAGAUCAUGGCGAACACCGCUGCUGUUGCUUCGCAAGCUUGCUUUGUGUUUGCAUCAGAUGACCUGUUCUAUGGUAUCACUGUCAACCCUGGAAACGCCAUCUUCACUCUUUUGGCCUCUCAGCUUAUUGGCUAUGGCUUUGCUGGGUUGUUCCGCGCGUUCCUGGUCUACCCCACGGUCAUGCUGUACCCUCAGAAUCUCAUCUACGUCAACCUGUUCGAUGUCCUGCACCGCUCAAAGGGUGAGAUUCUUCAGGGAAAACGUCUCCGAUUCUUCUGGAUUGUCACGGGUGCCAUAUUCGUGUACGAGUGGUUCCCUGAGUGGAUCGCUCCCCUGCUCGGUUCUUUCAAUAUCGUGUGUCUAUGCGCACGGAACUCGGACUGGGUCUCGUACAUCUUCGGCGGUGCAGAAGGUAACGAAGGCAUGGGUCUCAUGGGCUUUGGCGUCGACUGGGCGAACAUCGGCUCUUCCCCCUUCUACGUUCCCCUCUCGACCCAGAUUUCCAACUACGUCGGAUGGGGGAUUAACUACUUCCUCCUCCCCGCCAUCUUCGCGAGCAAUGUCUGGCACUCGCAGAAUUUCCCGUUCAUCUCGCAGAACCUGUUCUACGAGAACGGCACCGUCUACGACCAGAACCUCAUUCUGAAUGCGGACUUCUCGCUCAACAAGACGGCGUACGAGCUCAACGGUCAGCCCUGGCAGAGCGGCUCCACCGUCAUCUACAACCUUGGCAUCAACAUGUCUAUUGGCGCGACGUUCGUCCACAUCGGUCUUUGGCACGGGAAGGAGAUCUGGGCAACAUUUGUUGACUACAUCCGCCAGCGCCCGAUCGACGACUACCACUACCAGCGCAUGAAGGUCUACCGCGAGGUCCCGAUGUGGUGGUACGCUGCCGUCACCCUCGGUGCAUUCGUCACCGCGAUGGUCUGUGCGUACACGGAGAAGUCGGGACUGCCUUGGUGGGCACUCAUCGUCGCCCUCCUCAUCGCCAUCUUCUGUCUGCCCUUCUACGGUGCUAUGUGGGCCGUCGCUGCAUUCAAGCCGGUCAUCUCAAACAUGUUCCAGAUGUUGGGUUCCGCCCUCAUCCCGGGAUCGUCGCAGGCGAACAUGUACUUCGAGCUCUACUCCAGUCAGUCCCUGAAGCAGGCUGCGUCCAUGCUCGGCGACCUCAAACUCGGCCAGUACACGAAGCUGCCUCCCAGGACAACGUUCUCCGCCCAGAUGGCGGGUACAGUGAUUGGCGCGUUGCUGAACUACGUUAUCAUGCAGACCGUUAUUAGCAACGAGCGCGCUAUUCUCUUGAGUAACGAGGGUACUCGUGUCUGGAGCGGACAACAGGUCCAGUCGUACAACGCCAACGCGAUCCUUUGGGGUGCUCUCGGAAAGGAGAUCUAUGGGCCCAAAGGACCUUAUUUCAUCGUGCCGCUCGGUAUCGUUAUUGGACUCGGUCUCCCCAUCAUCCCGUGGCUCCUCUACAGGAAGUACCGUUGGAACUGGCUAACCCUCGUCAAUACCUCUGUCCUUGCUUACAACAUCGGUGAUCUCGCGGGUGGCACCAACGGCUACAUCAACACCUGGAUGGCCAUCGGUCUCACCUCGCACUUCUAUGUCCGCAGGUAUCGUGCCGGCUGGUUCAGGAAAUACAACUACCUAUUCGGCGCUGCCGUCGACGGUGGCGCGCAGAUCUUCGUGUUCAUAUUCUCGUUCGCGUUGGCUGGUGCGGGUGGCGUCACUGUGAACUUCCCCACAUGGGCACUCAACCCUAAGGGCAAUGCAGAUUACUGCAAGGUGACGGGGUCAGAGUAGGCGUGUUAGCGCAUUGUGGGUGUAGAUUUGUACUCUACAUACAUUCAUUAUUAUCGCAGGGCCCUUCAUCAUCUUUCGCUGUCGUAUGCUAUCAUGGUGGUAAUUUGGCUUGCCGUGUAAAUGUAUCACUGUACUUCCUCGUGGAGCAAGGCGUGCGGGUCGCAGUCUGCAACGAUUGCCAACGCGCUUGCAUAAUUCAAUCGUGAAGAUUA